CCUGAUGUUGAAUCACCGUUGGAGGUGUUGCAGGAAUGGGAUGCUGUCUAUGUUACUGAGAUCAAACGGUGUGGCGAGGUGCUCCAACGGCAUAGAUGUCGCCCUGUCUGUCAUAAAUAUGGUAAUGAUGAUCGCUGUAGGUUCUUGUUUCCGCAUGAAAUUGUAGAAGCUUCUUCAUUUGAUCCUGAGACCAAUUCUGUUGUAAUUAUGUGCCGUGAUGCGAAUGUUAACUACUUCAAUCCAUAUAUCUUGGUUUUUUGUAGACACAAUCAUGACAUCAAGUGUAUCUUGUCUGGCAGAGGUGCAAAAGCUGCUAUGUUCUAUAUCUCUGACUACAUCACGAAGAUGGAUGUGAAAACAUAUGAGGUUUUAUCUUUACUC